AUGGCUACGCACGGGCUCCCAAAUCGGCUACCCGAAUUCAACGGCUCAUCAUGGUCAUCGUGGUUUGGACGCCUUCAAUUUUACUUCGAGGCUAACAACAUCACUGAUGCAGCAGUGAAGAGAGCCAACCUGCUAACGCUGUGUGGGGAGCAGACAUACGACACAGUCUGUGCCCUGAUUCAGCCACGCACUCCAGCAACCGUUGACUACGACGACAUCGUAGCAGCGCUACAAGAACACUAUGACCCAAGGCCAUCGGAGGUCUACUGUCGAGCCCGCUUCCAACGGCGAGACCAACUGGAAGGCGAAAAAGUGGCCGAAUACGUAGCGGCUCUCAAAAAGCUCGCUGCUGACUGCAAUUUCGGGACGUUGACCGCGACAACUUCAGCUGCUGCGCAGGAGGGAGGAUCGACUGCCACACCUGCUAACACCACUAUGCUCCCCUUGGACGUUAUGUUGCGUGACCGUUUUGUGUGCGGACUGCGUGACGAAGGCCUACAACAACGCCUGUUCGCGGAGACGGGUCUCACAUUCUCCAAAGCCUACAACAUCGCCCAACGAGCGGAGAGCGCCGGUCACCAGCAGAGGGAUAUUCGACGGAACGUCGAGCCGGUGCAUCACACCAGUGAGCAGUCAGGUCAUUCCACGUCUAAGGCGAAAUCAAGCAAAAAGACACAGCGCUGUUGGCGAUGCGACGACAUGCACGAUCCCCAGGUUGAGGUGGAUUCCGGAGCAGCAUGUACGCUCAUCAGCGAGGACACUUUUCGCGCCACUUGGCGUGAGAACGCACCAGCUCUCCAGCAAGACGACACGCAGCUGAGAACGUGGUCCGGACAUUCUCUUCCACUACUGGGCUGUGCCAACGUAGACGUGUACUACAACGGUCAGACCCAUCAGCUCCCCUUGCUAGUCGUUCACGGUUCUGGAUCAAGCCUUUUAGGACGAAAUUGGUUCACCCCUCUUGGAGUGGUCGUUGGCGGAGUUCACCACACACCCAGCUAUCCGUCAGUGGAGGAGCUUCAACAGAAGUACAAAGCGGUUUUCUCCGAAGAAAUACCUGGAAACAACGGACCUCCAGUCACACUGGAGCUUCGGGAGGAUGCGACGCCGAAAUUUUUGAAAGCUAGGUCGGUGCCUUUCGCCCUACAAACGUCAGUCGAGAAUGAGCUUGACCGACUGCAGAAACAAGAGAUCAUCGAACCGACGCAACAUUCGGAAUGGGCUACACCACUCGUUGUCGUCCGAAAGAAGAACGGUACCCUACGCCUCUGCGGAGACUACCGGAGCACUGUCAACCUGGCGACAAAAGCAUCUUCCUACCCACUGCCGACACCGGAAGAGGUUUUUAGCACGCUUCGUGGUGGAAAAAUCUUCAGCACCCUGGACUUGACACAAGCCUACCAGCAGCUGAAGGUCCGCUUCCUGCGUGAGGAGCUCACGCGCCGCAUGGCCGCCGUGGCAGUGAAGGCACCUGUGAUCCCUCCAGAGCACGUGAACGUUGACCGAUCUAAGCCAGUGCCACAGACUUUGUCGCCGCGAAUGACACGAUGGUGCAUCAAGAUGUCGUCGUACGAUUACGAACUCGUACAUCGCACUGGGAAGAAACACCAGAACGCCGACGCACUAAGCCGCCUGCCGCUAGACACCACAAUAGAUGAACCACCCCCGCCGGGUGAUAUACUCAUGUUCGAGGCGCUGCCGAACCCUCCGCUAACGGCUGACACAGUAGCGGCUCAACGCAGGAGUGCACUGUCUUGA